UAAAUGUAUUACUAAUUUAAUAAAUAUAUAUUAAUUUUUGCAGAGGACAUGACACAAAGAGUGGAAAGUAUGACGCUGGAGGAGAAAGAUGCUGCUGUACAACAGUUGAUGCAACAAAUGUUGCAUCAACAAGAAAAAUUGGUACAAAUGCAGCAGCAGCUGCAGCAAAAUACAAACACAGAAAAUAUCCAAGAGCAGCAGCAGCCGGAGGAACAAACAAGAGAAAAAAGGAGAGGAGGCGGAAAGUCUCGCGCUCGCUGGUAUCACCAGCGAGGUGGAAGAAGUGAAUGGGGAGGCAGAGGUGGAUGGGGAGGCAGAGGUGGAUGGGGAGGCAGAGGUAGAUGGAGCGGCAGAGGUGGAUGGGGUGGCAGAG